AUGGGCAUAUUCAAGGGUGGCGCUCUGCGCAUCGUACAGAGUGCUCUGUACACGCUCGAGUUCCUUUGCGCAGGGUUGAUCUUGGCGAUAUACUCCUACUUCCUGUCCGUUUUGGCCGACAGGAAACUCCCCAUCUACAACUGGGAAAAAGCAGUUGAAGGGCUUUCCGGCGCAGCUGUCCUUUACCUCAUUGCUGCAACCCUUCUGACCUGCUGCCUCGGCGGCGUCUCGUUCUUUGCUACUCUCGCCAUCAUCCUCGAUAUCCUCUUCUGCGGUGCCAUGAUCGCUAUCGCGGUCAUGACUCGUCAAGGCGCUGGCUCCUGCAGUGGCUACGUUCGCACACCUCUCGGCAACGGCCAGGCAAACAGCGGAACUGGUGGGUUCGGCAACUUUGGCUCGGGCAACAACGAGAAUGUCACCUACUCUGUGCACCUCAAGACUGCCUGCAGACUUAAUACAGUCUGCUUCGCUGUCGCCAUUAUCGGCGCCUUCCUCUUCAUCAUCACCGCUGCCAUGCAACUCCUCUUGAUAAAGAAUCAUAAGAAGGAGAAGCGUUAUGGUCCAGGCCCAGACAACAACUACACCAAGGGCUCUGGCAAGAAGCGUGGUGGGUUAUUUGGUCGCAAGAACAAGAAGAAUAACCUCGACCACGACGCCGAGCUGGGCGCCACUGGCACUGCUGUUGGCACCACUGGCCUCGCUGCUCACCACAACAACGACAUUCGUCCAAGCCACGACACCGGCUACACUGGCUCGACCGUCGCCGCCCCAGGCAACACCACUUAUGACAAGGUCGAGGGGCACCAUGCUCCUCAUGGCUCGCAUGGUGGCUACUACACCCAGCCCACCGGCACAGGUGCAAGCCCGUACGGCCUCACUCAGCCAACGUACACAAAUGGCACUGCCACCAACUACUAG